UGUUCUAAUACCUAAUACUUAAUUAUUAGUGUGAUCUCUCUCAAUUUUUCACCAACCUUUAGUUUUUCAAAUUUUGUAUCGUAGCUCUAGCUCUACCUAUAAUCUGAAAACUUGUUUUUUCCGAAACUAGUUGCUUACUUUCUAUAAUUUUUUACUUUGAAAUCUUAGAAUGUGAAUUGUACAUAUUCAUAUACUUAGCCGUGAUUGCGUUGGACGUGGACAAGAGAAAGAACAGUAGAAGACACGUGGGCCACUCAUUCAUGUCAUCAGUUUUUUUUUGUCGCUAAAAUGAUGUUUUAGCACUAAAUGGUACUUCAAAACUUGAAACGUCCACGAAAUACAUCAAUAAUGGAUUCUUAUUCUGACUGUACUCCCAAUAAAGUAUCUCUCGUAGAGAGAAAUAUUGCACCACAGGGGAUUGAUCUUGUUAAUCCUAAAGCAGUAGCUAAGAAAACGCCAAGUGAUUUGGUACAACUGGCAGUGGAAAUCCAAAAGGCUGAUGACUAUGUAAAAGCGAAUGCUUGUAGUAAGCUUCAAAUCAUUGCAGAACAGAUGAGGUUCUUACAGCGUCAAGCUGAAAAAGUGUUAUUGGAAGCCAAGGAAAACUCAGUAAUGCACCAUGCUGCAUGCAAUUUUGUCAAGCAUCCAGGCAAUGUUUAUCAUCUUUAUCAGAGAGAAUCUGGACAAACAUAUUUUUCAAUGCUCAGUCCGCAGGAAUGGGGAAAAUCUGCCCCACAGCAGACUUAUAAAGGCUCCUUUAGACUAGAAUUCGACCAUUCAUGGACUCCACUAUCCAAUACUCACAUCAAAGACCAAGAACUUGCUGUGCUGAAUAGAAUUUAUCAAAACAACGAUACUUCGAAAAAUGUAUCCUUAACAGAGUACAUGAGCAUCGACUCGAGUUGACAAAAGUGCGAGAUCGAGUUUUGUGAUGGAUAAAAUAGUUAAUUUAUGAAUUUGAUGCUUGGAUGGCAGUUUAUAAGUAUGGUACCUUGUUAAUCUUAAACUUUGUAAAAUAUACUUGUUUAUUCAACCCUAA